AUGAUGUGCUGGCUGUGCCAGCUCAGGGGCGCCGCCGACGAGGUGGACCACAUCUUCGACGUCCUGGACUACGAGAUCAUCGGGUCCAGCUCCAGCCAGCCCGACGACCCUUCUGCCGCCGAGCGUGGUGGAGCAGCGUCCAUUGGGUCGGCCGAGCUCUGCGGCAGGCUGAAGAAGCUGCUCGCCAAGCUGAACGACAUCCGCCAGAGCUCGCGUGGCCUCAUGCAGGCCUCGAUGCUGGCUGUCGCGGGGGCAGGCCCCGACGGGUGUUCGAGGCCCGUCACGGGGCCGCUGCUACCGCAGGGGCUGAUCCCCCUCGGAUACGACGGCCAGUACGAGGAUCUUCUCGCGUGGUUGCUGCAGCCGCCGCAGGGCAAGGGCGGCGGCGUCACUGUCCUCGCCAUCAUCGGCCACGGCGGGAUGGGGAAGACCACACUUGCCCAGCGCGUGUGGGGAGACGAGCAUGUCCAGGGCACCUUCGACCUCGUCAUAUGGGCCUGGGUGUACAACAAGACGAGCGAGGCCGACCUCCUGGGCGAGAUCUGGAGGUCCGCCGCCGCCGCCGAACGGCGGCGGCACGAGCAGAUGAGCUUCGGCGGCAUGCAGCUGGAGCUGCAGAAGCUGGUGGCGUCCCGUAGGUACCUGCUGGUGCUCGACGACGUGUGCAACGACGAGGCGGCCACCGAGCGGCAGAGGAGGGACAUGUGGAGCGCCGUGCUCGCCCCGUUUCGGCAGCCUGAAGACAUCGGGAGCCGGGUGCUGGUGACCACUCGGGCCGUGAUCUGCGCGGACACGCUGGGUGCGGACAGCAGCAGGAGGCUCACCCUGGAUGGCAUCGGCCACGAGGCGUUCGUCCGCCUGCUCUCGGGCACCGCGGCUUUCGGGGCCGGUGGGAGUGUGGAGGAGGCCACCCGUGCUCGUCGGGAGCUCCAACAAUUCCUUCGAAGCAGCAGCUUGUUCCCGGAGCCGGAGGCAUCGUCGGCAUCGGCGUCAUGGCUGGCAUCCAACUGGAGGUGCUCCCCACUGUCAGCCAAGGAGAUGGGGCUUGAGCUAAGGGACAGCCGCGGCAAGACCAAGUGGGCGGAGAUCAUGGCAACGGACUCCCACAGCCACAGGAAUAGUGUGGUGUCGGUCCACGAGUCCAGCUUCCGGCAUCUGCCGCCGCACCUGCAGCACUGCUGCGCCUUCAUCAGCCUCUUCCCGAACAAGUUCAGGUUCCUGCCCGAGAUGCUCGUCAAGAUGUGGAUCGCCGAUGGGUUCAUCAGCGGCGACGACGGCUCGUCGUGCACCAGCAUGGAGGAGACGGCGAGAGGGUACUUGAACGACCUGCUCGCCAGAUCACUCCUGCAACCCGUGCAGGACGGCGACAAAACUUACUACGUGGUGCACGAGCAAAUCCAUUCCAUGAUACGAUCGGUCUCUGCAAGCUACUUCCGGAUGAUCCAGCCCAACUACUGUUCGGCCGCCAAGAUUCCUCACACAGUGCGCCACUUAUCUGUGACCACUGGCUGCGUGGCUCGGCUCAAGAAGCUGAGUCUCCUGAAAAGGCUGCGGACGUUUAUCCUUCUCAGAGAUCCAGAUCCUUCAGCAGUUGUCACCGCCAUUGACGAAGAUCUGCUCAAAGAGCUAGAGGGUGUCAGGGUUCUGGAUUUCACCGGCACGGACAUUAAAGAUGUGCCUUCAGAAAUUGGCAACCUGAUUCAUCUGCGCUGUCUGGCUCUUCCUCAAACCGUGCAGGCGUUCCCUGAAGAAUUUAGCAAGCUGUUCCACCUGCAGACACUAAUUCGGAGCAAGAGCAAAUACGACCAAACAGAUGAGGUACACUAUCACACGGGCCUCGAUGUUGCAUUUACACUCAAUGCCACGAACAGGAGAAGUUUGAGGCAGCUCAAACGCAUGAAUUCGCUCCGGGGUUCCCUAAUCAUAACGGGGCUUAGUCUAGUUGCCAGCGAGGAAGAUGCGCAAAAGGCUCAGCUCAAUAGCAAGAAAUCUGUGAGGGUCCUGACACUGGAGUGGGAGGCCAAACAGUCUGCGACUGCGAGGUUCCUGGAAUUUGUGUGGGAGGCCACGGCCAGACGUCCAACCUCUGCUACAGAUUUGGAUGUUCUUGAAGGUCUGCAGCCCCAUACUGGUCUUCAGAUGCUGCACAUCAAAGGAUACCGGGGCAUAUCAUCUCCCAGCUGGCUGCUCAACAACUGUCUCAGCCAGUUGACGCACCUGCAUAUCAUAAAUUGUAGGAACUGGAAUGACCUGCCUCGUUUUGGUGAUCUACCACUUCUCAACCAUCUGGAGAUCACAGACCUGGAAUCUGUUACAGAGAUCGAUGGCUGCGGACCCUUCAAGUCAUUAGAGACACUUGUGCUAUCUGACAUGACGAGUUUGGAAGAGUGGUGGACAGCGGCCAGAGCCACAGAUAGCGGCGGAUUAUUCACUGCUCUUAAGAAGAUAGAAAUCUUCAAUUGUCCAAUAUUGAAACUACCGCCUCCAUUUCCACCAACCUUGGAGUUACUAAGGAUAUGCAACUGUCCAGAAUUGAGAGAUAAAGUCCGGAAACGAUACAGAGGUGUGCCCCAACCGAUUCUAGACGUCGAUUUCUUAAUGUGGUAA